UGCGAACACGUUCCUAGCCAAUAGCCCAAAAAAAUAUAAGUAGAAGUAUUAAUAUCGAACUCUGUUAUUAGUUCGUGAUUGACUAAAACUGUGCUGGAGUGUUUUGCAGAAGGUUCGAGAGCACCGCCAAAAUGUCGAGCCGACUUGCAACAGCGCUGGUCGUCGUGUCGCUUGCCGUGGCCGCUUCAUCCAUCAGAUGCUGGAAGUGCGGACAGUACAGCGACGGCGUGGGCUCCAUCACGCCAUGCAGCAAUCGAAGUGCUGCUAGAUUGGACGAAUGCCCUAAAGACUCCAAGUUCUGCAUUAAAUACGUGAGCGAACUGACGACUGUUCGAGACUGCGUGCCGACCUGUAGCGAGAAAGAGUGGUGGGGAGCCCGCACGUACUGCUGCGACAGUGACGAAUGUAACGGCGCGAUCACACUGUCCGGAAUAAACGCUGCGUUUUUCUUUGCACUUCUGUCGGUGAUUAUCUUCGUGCACUGACCUAAAUGGGCGAAACGAUUUAUUUCAUCUUAACGAAACCGAAUGUUCAACUUAGUUUUUAAUUAUGUCUAGUUCAUUUGCUUAUUGUUUUUCUGUUGACCAAAUUCCAUUUGAUAAGUACAUAAUGUUUGCAU